AUGGCCAGGCUCCGACCCUGCCUGCUGCUCCUGAUGGCCACGGUGGCCCUCACGUCCGGAGGUGUCCAGGCCUGGGGUUCGUCGAAGGUGGUGAGGGAUUUCCAAGAUAUCCCGGAAUCCUAUGUGUACGUGCAGCAGGCACUGUGGUUCGCCAUGAAGGAGUUCAACAAGGCCAGCAAGGACAAGUACACCUUCAAGGUGACACAGAUUUUGAAGUCCCAGGAGCAGGUCACAGAUAGUUUGGAUUACUUUCUUGAAGUCAAAAUUGCCCGGACAAUGUGCAAGAAAACUUCAGGGGAGAAUGAAAACUGCAUAGUACAACAGGAUCCCCAAAUGCAGAAGAUGUUUCAUUGCACCUUUAUUGUGGCAUCCAAACCCUGGAACUUUGAACUCACUCUGCUAAAGAAAGAAUGCCAGCCUGUCUAA